AGUUUAGUUGGAGUUCUGCUUUCCACAGUGACGGUUUGGAAUCGGCAAAUCAAAGCGACUAAUUUCUGCGCAUAACAAUUCGAUUGUAUUCGUUCGUGUGUGUAUGUGUGAUUGUGUGUUUUUAGCCGUUUUAGACGCAGAAUAUUACAGAGCGCAGCAUUUUUUGGUGUACAAGAAAAAGUGGUGCGCGAAACAGGAUUUUAUCUUGGCUGUUUCUUCGCCUUCAACUACUGCAGCACACAAGCCCAGUUGAGUUGAGUGGAGCGCUAAUAACUGUGCUUGUUUACGUCAAGGUCGCUGCAUAGGAUAACAACAACAACAACAAACAAACAAUUAGAAAUUUUCUAGAACAAAUCGUUGCACGCACGCGCUAACUAAUUUUUAUUAUUUGGAACUAUUUGAUCUUGGAGCUUAUUUCAUGUCAACCCUCUUGCCGCGCUACCUAAUCCUAAUAAAAGCCUAUGCUUCCAUUGAGGUGCGGGACGCUGGCACCCGUACUCUGUCCAUGCUGCAGAGCACAAAUCCGAAUUUUCGCUCACUCGACCUGUCGCUGACGCCCACAGUAUCCGUGUCGGCCAGUGUGCCGGGCAGUGUGCCGACUACAACGAGUGCCGAGGGCUCACUGAGCGGCUCUACAAAUUUAUCGGGCAUUCUGCAAGACACCGAGGAUAGCUGCGAUACCAAAUUGCUGACACGAACACGGGCAUACGCGUCCGUUAGUCAGCCACAAAGUCCAAGGCAUCGUGGGCGUGGCACACCAAACGGCCUGACCGGACGCUCCACAUCGAUAUCGUCACAGUUGGAGAAGACCAAAAAGCUGCUCAAAAUGACGGAGGGCGAGGACAAGCCACUGACCAUUCUGCACUAUAACGAUGUCUACAACAUUGAAUCGAUGGCCGAGACGGAGCCGGUGGGUGGUGCGGCCCGCUUUGCCACAGCCAUCAAGAGCUUUGCACAUCUCAAUCCACUUGUCCUGUUCAGCGGCGACGCCUUCUCGCCCAGCAUGCUGAGCACCUUUACCCAAGGCGAACAGAUGAUACCUGUGCUCAAUCAGGUGGGCACACAUUGUGCUGUCUUUGGCAAUCAUGAUUUUGAUCACGGUCUGGAUGUGCUGGUUAAGCUGAUCAAACAAACGAAUUUCCCUUGGCUCAUGUCGAAUGUGGUUGACAACGAAACUGGUCGCCCGCUGGGCGGUGGUAAAAUCUCACAUUUUAUACUACACAAUCAAAUCUCGAUUGGACUCAUUGGUCUGGUCGAACGGGAAUGGCUCGAAACGUUGCCCACAAUCGAUCCCACCGAAGUCACAUAUAUCGACUAUGUGGAGGCUGGAAAUCGUUUGGCCCGCGAACUGCGCAACGAGGGCUGCGAUCUGAUCAUUGCCCUCACACACAUGCGCACGCCCAACGACAUAAAUCUGGCCGAGAAAUGCAAUGGCAUUGACAUCAUUCUCGGCGGGCACGAUCACGUGCGAGAGGUGACCGAAAUUAAUGGCAAAAUGAUUGUGAAAUCUGGCACAGAUUUCCAACAGUUCUCAGUCAUAACCAUCGAGCGACAGGCCAACGAUCGCACACAGUUCACAACGGAUGUGCAGUGCAUGGACGUGACGUCCAAGAUACCAGAGGAUCCGGUGCUCAAACAGGAAUUGGACAAAUAUGCUAAAUUCAUAGAGAGCAAGUUAUCGGAUGUCAUGGGCAUAUUCAGUGUGGAGCUCGAUGGCCGCUUCUCGAAAGUGCGCACUCAGGAAACGAAUCUGGGCAACUGGGUGUGCGAUGUGGUGCUGGCAGCUGUGGGUGCCGAUGUGGUUAUACUGAAUGGUGGCACAUUCCGCUCGGAUCGCAUACAUCCGGUGGGCAAGUUUACAAUGGGCGAUCUGGUCAAUGUUAUACCCAUGCGAGAUCCUUUGAUCCUGCUGGAGGUCAAGGGACACAUGCUGUGGCAGGCGCUCGAGAACGGCGUGUCGGCCUAUCCCAAGCUUGAGGGUCGUUUCCCACAGGUGGCUGGCAUUAGUUUCGCCUUCGAUCCGCAAGCGGAGCCUGGCAAGCGCAUCGAUCCACAGUUGAUACAGGUGGGCGAUGAGUACUUGAAUCUGGAGCAGACCUACAAAUUGUGCGUCAAGAGCUACUUAUAUAUGGGCUGCGAUGGCUACACCAUGUUCAAGGAUGCCAAAGUGUUGAUGGAUGACGAUGCCUGUCCAGAGCUGGGCAUAACGUUGCAAAAUCACUUCAAGGCCAUCAAUUCGCGCAAAUGUGGUCAGAAUACCAAGCAUCGACAGUCGCUAGUGACGCUAUCGCGACGACACAGUCUGGUGCAAUGUCUGGACAGUUUGGAUCUGGAUGGUCCGUCGCCCAUACGUAAACUCUCUGUGGGUCAUCACAACAAGUCGCUGGAUCUGGCGCAUGGCAAUUCGCAGAAGAUGCUGCGUCGUGCCUCGCUAGAUGAUCUCGAGCAGUCCACUUGCGAUUUGGCGCCACAGAUUGAGCAUCGUAUUAUAAUGAUACAAAACGAGGAGCAUCAUCGUCAGCUGCUAUAUAAGAAGGAGACGCACAUUAUGAACUCAACCAUAACCGAGGCGGAGGACGAUAGUUACAAAUGUAGGAAACUUGAAACGAGUUUUAGGGCAAUUACCGAUUCGGAAAGACAGAUAUGAGUUAAGCUAAAGUGAAAGACAGUUAGUAAAGCAAGCUUAGUUAUGCAUCGAUGGAAAUCGUCUAGAGAUAUAUAUAUAUACACACAUAUAUAUACAUAUAUUUAUA